GCACGCUUCAAGGCAACAGCCGCUCUCAAUCUGUUCGUAGCAUACAUGCUUCAAAAAACAGGUAAAUCCCAAACACAAACAAUGUAACAUAACAGUGCACCAUUUGCAACAGGUGAUUGCAAAUGAUCGUAGACUGACUGUCGACACUCAAGAUGGAGUCUACCUGUUUUCCUUUGCUCCUAUCAACUGGGCAUACAGAACACCAAACAUACAGUCGACAACUACACGACUGAUCACACCAUCAAUCACGGACACCAACCAGGAGCCACAGAAAUCACCAUGGACAUCAAGUAUACAAACAGAUCAACAAAAGGGUGCAAAAGUUGGAUCCAAAAUACGACAGAGAUGCAAGUCUUCUUUCCUCUUCAACAAGGAAGAGGUAUGGAAAAAAUCACGUGACCAACGACAGAUGACUAAAUCUGUCACAGAACGCAAUCAGACAAUAUCGUGUUCGUCCAUAAUUCGUUGUAAAAAGUUAUCGACUCAAUUUCAAGAAGCGUGUGGAACGAUCAGACCAAGAACUAGAACUACAGCGUGGGUAAGCAGUAAAAAGUUCUCUACUCCCAGUGUAGACAACGAUGCAGUCGAGAAACAUUCGGCUAUCCAGUCGAAGGCCACACACUCAGUCAGAUCAGAAACACUGAGUAGUGAAGACAACGAGGUGUUCACAGUUACAAUCAAUCCAUCAACUCAUCCGUUCACACCAUAUGGUCGUACAUCAAUUUCUAGGGAUAAACUCGGUUCAUGGACAAACGUAGUAAAACUGCCUAAUGAGGGAGAAAAACUCGGUACGUGGAGAAAGUCUAUCAGCAACCAGCCUAGUCUCAUAGACACGACACCUCCGGUCUUCCCUCUCAAACCGGACUCGUUAAACCUGCAAACGCACACUGCCAUGCAAAAGCAGAUUCUGGCAUUCAAGGCUAGAGAACGAGAGAACAUUCAGUCUGGUAAGAUACUUCCCCUCCAGCAUGCACACUCGUGGGUUGGACCAACGAGCAGCACAAGCAGCUUGUUACCCUUACAAACACCACGAAGUCCUAGAGCCUCUUCGUGUGGACCGACAGUCAAUAGAAGCAGUUGUAGUGGUUUAUAGCAACAAUAGAAAAUAGAACAUUGAAAUUGUGUAUGUUAUUCUAAAAACUAUUUUACUAUGGCUUUAUCAAAUAACUCUAUUGAAUCCAAUAAAUUAACUUAAAUUAUUGAAUAAAUUCAUCUGCAAUAGCAGAGCAAAGGAUAUCAUUCUACUA